AAAGAAACCAUAUUUUCUUCAAACACGAAAUUCUACGUAUACGAUUACUCCAUUUACAUCAAGAAUAACUGACAGAACAUUAACAUCUAGUAUCCACAAUGAGUUUAUAAAUAUAACGAAAGGCUUUCAAUCAAAUGACGAAAUGAGUGCACUCGAAAGUUCCAAUGUCAGUAUCCUUGUCAGUGUUUCAGUUGUGAUUUUACUCAUAGUGGCAGCCAUUUUUAUUGUCAUAAUAAUGUUGAAACGACGAGGCAAAAUUCCAAACACGUGUUUUAAAAGUUCUUCUCGGAAAGAUUCAUUUAAAGAAACGUCCGGUAAGAAUCAAGCUGAAAACAAUCUGUGUAAUCAAUCUCUAGGAGCUGAAAAUGAACAAAUAAACGAUUUUAAAGGAAACAAUAACGUAACCCUUCAUCAAGAUCUUGACGUAGACAAUAGUAAUUAUGCACAUAAUUACUUCAUUCUUGAACCCGGCUCCAGAGAAUCUCAUGCCGAUGGUGAUAUUUCAAAUUCCAGGAGAGAUGGAAGAGGUGUCAACGACGAUUAUAAUAUAAUACAUUUCAAUAAAAAGUUUGGUACCCAAUUUGAUAACGUUUAUGACACCACCGAGAAUGCAGCUAUAAAAAUAAAAGCAUUACAGAAUGCUGAAUGUGUAAAAAAAUUAUCUGAAACAUUAAGCGAAACUGACAAAUAUAAUCACAUAACCAGAAACUUUAUGAACAAUGAUAAAACAGACAAUAUCUAUGGUGUACCUGACAAGCAAGAAAACGAUUAUGAUGAUGUUAAAAGGGAUUAUGAAAAUAAUCUGCGCGUUGAGGUUGACACAUACAAUCAUAUGAACGGUACCUAUUGAGAGCAAAAAGGCGUUGUUUUGAAACUCUUAAAACUGUUUGCGUUAGUAAUUAUCAACUAAAUCAUUUACCUGUUUCAAGCUCAGGUUAACAAAAAAAACCCUUCUCAAAAUAAGUAACAUUUAUUCCGGGAAAUUGAAUAACUUCAAUUUAAUAGUGAAAUUGAUUAUUGAACGAUUUUGAGCAUUUAUCUGCUUCUUUUUUUAAUAAAACUGCAUGCAGGGACACAACUGAGAUCCUCCUCCACUAGGAAAACUAGAUCUUAAAUGUACACGUGUCGGUGUGACUUAAUCCUUCGGGAUCAUUGAUGCCAGCACGAAUUGAGUACCACUCAAAACGGUGCACUUAUUCAUCAUCCCUCAUGUACAGACUCAAUCAAACCGAGUCUGCAGUUCUCUUGUAAUUUUGUUGUGAUAAAUGCUCCAAGGGAUCACUUUGUUUCCAGAAUUUUAUACUUCACAACAGCAGGUGUCAAGUGCCGUGUGGCAGCUGUAAGAAGUUGCCCCUUACUUCACUUCGGUGUUGUUAUACCGCUCAAGCCGGUGCUAGGGGGCGUGAGGGAUGUUGCACUUAUUAUCUAUCCCUCAUAUACAGACUCAGUCAAACCGAGUCUUCAGUUCUCUUGUAAUUUUGUUGUGAUUAAUGCUUCCGAGAGAUCACUUUGUUUCAAGAAUUUUAAACAAAUAAAAAUAAGAUAUUAACCUAUAAAAAUUGUUUAAAUAAAACAAUACUACACUGCAAUAAUUCAUAUCAAUUUAAGAAAACAUAAAAUAUAUUUAAUGUAAAGCAUUUCAAUUGAUUUAAUGUAUAUUAUCCUCAUUCAGAAAUUUGGAAAUUUAAUUUAAUAAAUCUGUAGUAUUUGCUACUCACUUUUCGCAAAGUUGUCUUUACAGUAUGUAGAAUAUCUAGUAAAAGUCUUGGAAGAAAAUCGAUAAACUUUUAAGGUGAUAUCAAAGUAAUAUUUUAUGGCCUUUUUAGUUCACAUGAACCUUAUAUGAUGUUCAAAACUUGUCGCUUAUUGGUUAUAAUGGCGGUUUGUCAGUUGUCCACUCGUCCGAAUAAGAUUCUUACGCUCUAAAUUUGCAUCACUACAAUAUUGCAAUCUCUUGGCUUUUGUUUGUUGAUGAUAUCAUGAGUAACAAAGUUUUAAUCUCCAAAAGUUCAAGUUCUAAAGGUUUUUAGUUUAGCUGGUACUGCGUAAAGCAUGUGUCAACAAAAGUACCAACCCACUGACUAAAACUCAGAAAUGGACAUCAUGGAGACAUAUACCAAUUGACAAAAUGAAGCAAACCACAGAGAUUAGUAAUCAGAUUCAGUUUGAACUGCUUCUUCACAUUAAAGAGCCUUAAAUAAUAAGAUUUUGUAUACUGUUUGAGCUUCCUACUCAAUAGGCAAAUCUUUUUUAUUAUUUAUUAUGUGAAUGAAUAUAUAUUAUAUAGAAAAAGGGAUUGAUGUAAAUAAAAAGUGAAUUUUGAUAAUUUUACAUCUGAGAUAUGACUUUGGACCAAAUAUGUUUAUCAGUUCGCACUUUAUGAGUUAAAUCUCCAUAAGAUAACUUAAACAAGAUUUUGUGAGCUUGUAAAAAGUCUGAAGUGGAAAAUAUAUUAUAUAUCAUAAACAGUACAUAAGGUUUGUUAUCACUGGGUUUAACUUAAAACUAAUAAAAUUACGACAAUACAUAUUUAAGCAUGAUGAGCAACCACAGAAAUAGAAACUUCGUAACUUAUUUUGAAGAGCGUAGCCCUUUUCACAAUGUUAAACUUUCAAUUAUGACCUCAAAUUUGUCCUAUCGAAUAUAUUUUGAGAGGAAAUAAUAUAUUACUAGCAAAUUACUUAUGCUGCAUCAAAAGGUCAUUUACAUAUUUUAGCGAUAAGGCACUGUACACAUGUAUUUUCCAUUGCGGUCAGUUCUUGAUUAUGACCGUUUGAUCUAUGGUCCGUAUAUCUGUGUCUUGGUAAUCUAAUGACUCUUGUGAGGGGCUUAAAAUGACAAAUGUUAUACUUGCUUUUAUUCAGUUCAUCCCGGUGCAUUACACAGGAAGUCAAGAAGGACAUCGACAGUCUACGUCUGAGGAAGAAAAAUAAAACUAUAUAUAGCUGACGAUUUUAAUUACCAUUUACUGAUUACUGAUCAUAACAGCAUAUUUAACACCUAAAAUCGUCUUGAUUAAAAGAAAGCAUGAUAAUUUCUUUUCUGCAAAUAACUUAUGAGUGUUUUUACUAUUGUCUUUUCAAUAACACUGAUAUAGUACCAUUCAAAAUAAUUUGUAAAAAUGCAAUGGAACUCAAUAGGCCUCGCCUGUUUCUUAUUUUACCCAGUAUUGCAUCAUAUAUAUGACUGUGUCUCCUUAUUCAGUAGAAGUACUUUGUUCUUUUAAAAAAACAAAAUCAUUUGGACAUUCAUAAACUUGAUAGCAUGCUCCGUAUACAAUAUCAGUUUUGAUGUGUUUCGACAAAUCACAAUUAACGUGAUGGAGGUUUCCAUCACCGCAUCUUAAUAUUCAUUUGUUUCACCUUCAUUACAAGUAUGCUUAUUCAGUUCUGCAACAGCCGUUUCCGCUGUGUCGUAUUCGUGCUUUCUAUGAAAACAUGAGCGUUCUUUUACAUUUGUUUGGUCAUGGAUUGCGUGUUCGUGGAAUAUAUCUUAAUGAAAUAAUAAUAAACGGUUUUAGUGCAUGUUACAAUUGAUGAAACUUUUUACAUUACGCUUCUCCCACAUGCACUCAAAUUCCAAUCUUCAAAGUUAUAACUGUUAUGAAACUUGAAGUUUCAAGUUAUGCUUUAAAGUACGGGUGAUAGUCCUGCCUUUAAGACUUGAAAAACAGUUAACAGCUUUUUUGUAUCCUUUGUAAGGUGCAUGGUUCAUAUAUACUAAAUUGUUUAAAUGAGCAUCAUUA